AGCAAGCCAACAAGAGCGACUGGACAGGACUCAAGGACAGACAAAUAAUUGGUUUCAUUUUGUCUCAUGCUGUGAUUCAAAUAACUACGAAUAGCGCUUGCUCGUAAGUACUAAUGGGACAUAAGUGCCAGAGAUGUCCUACGAGGAGUUGGAAGGGUCUAGCCAUAGUCUAUAGCUCCUUCUGUGCUUUAUUUAGCAUUACAGAAAGCAACUCCAUCCAUCUUUAAGUGGUUGCUUUAACACCAAUAGCCCACUUAAGUUGGAUUAUAGGCGCCAACUGAUACUACCCACUUAAACAACUUGCAUGGAUCGCGCAUUUUUCCUAUCGCUACAUGCAGUAUGCUCCGUACUAGGUAAGUCUCUGUUGGAGUAGGGGGGCGAACUGGUGUUACAGCUGACCCCUCCUUCUACAUGUUGGUUGGGGGCCAAUCUCGCCAUAUCAACGUCUGCCGUGCAAUAUGAAGGUGUUGGAAACCUCCAUCUUUUGUUGCAUUUGCGAAUAUCACAGCCAUAUAUUGCUGCACAGAUUUCCAACGACGAAGUCCUUUCUGGACAGCCCACUUUGCACUUGAAACAUGUCCAAUUCCUUUCCAGAACGCAAGAUAUUACCCGUAAGGUCAAGAAGAAGCCUUGGAAGGGAACGACGAAGCGUUUCGAAUAGCGACCAAGGUCAACUUUCAACACCACCGAUUUUUGGAAAUCCUCUGCGCAUCACGCAACCUCCAGAGAUCUCGCCUGCUUCUGAUAACCUCUCUCCACCAGUGUCUCUAGAGCAUGAGAUCUUGCCUAUGCGAUUGAGAAGGAGCCUUGAUCAGGCGGGAGAGCGACAAGAUCCUAUUUCAACAUUGGGGGCUUCCGCAAAUUCCCAGCGUGUCGAGCGAACUAUAGAAGUCGCCCCAGCUUCUAGCGACCUCUCUCCACCGAGAUCUGACUCUGCGGUUGCAUCUAAUGUCACACCUAGCAAUGCAGGAUUUCUCUCUUCUAGUUAUGAGGGUAACGACUUCGCUUUUAAAGGCCUUGACUUUGGAAGACAGCCCACUCUCCAGCUCGAUGCAAUGAGACCCUCACCAAUUCCGGACUCACAGACUCGGUCUAGCGAUCUGUCUUUGCCAAUUCUGUCCGGGCUCGAACCAGAGGACCCUCAGUCUUUGCAUAUCUUGUUUUCUGACGAAAAGAUAGCUGUUUCUACUGAGAACGAGGGUCUCGGAAUGCCAAUACCUGUUUUACUCAAUGGGGACUCGGCUUCCGCUGAGUGUGGCCCAUCGACUCCGCCGCGGAGGCGGACUUCUCUCUUUAGUCAAAUGUCAGAGCUAGGUACAAGUCCAUCCCUGUACCCACACCAGCGAAGUGUAUCGGUCUCUUCUAGUAUAAGCGAUGUCAGCUAUUACAACGAUCCCACUAGCCCUUAUGAUGUCGGAAGUGAGGAGCCGCCAUUGGAACCCUUCUUCGCCUCACCUUUUCAAACAGCGUUGCAAAAAGGACUUGAUAUUGCAAAGGAUGCAGCCGACGCGAUGGAGACGGCGGGGCAAUCUCUAGUGGCAGGGGGCGAUCUUCAAAGGCUAAUUAAUGAUGCUAAGGAGUUGAGUACGUUUAAAAGCUCUGAAACGAGAACCAUCGCCGUUCUAGGAGAUUCGGGUGAAGGAAAGAGUAGUCUCAUUAACUCUCUUCUUCACUUUCCAAAUAUCGCUAAAACAGGAGAUAUUGGUGCAGCCUGUACUUCAGUUGUUACUGAAUAUAGGCAGAAGACAACGGACCAUUUGGCGCCUAUUACAAUUGAGGUUGAGUACCUCUCUAUGGGCGAAAUUGAAGAUCUAAUCAAGGAACUGGUCUGGAACUACCGCCAGAUGUAUCUUCCACACACUGAAGGUGAUAGCGUUUCUGAAAAUGAAUACGCUACAAUGCAACGCGAAUCGGAACAAGCAUGGUCCUCACUUGAGGCAGGAUUUAGCCACCAGCCUAGCUUUAACAAAGCUAUGCUUAUAAAUGAUAUAUCCGAAGCUGGGCUGUCUAUAGCGAAUAGCCAAUUAGUUCAAUGGGCGUAUGAGCUUAAUUGGCCAGAUAGUGGAGAGAAUGGAAAGUGGACAUCAACAGCAGAUACUGCAGAUGAAUGUUGUGAGAAGACAAGUGUAUUUAUGGAAGAUAGGUUUUGGCCAUUUACAAAAAUCAUCCGUGUUUAUCUUCAAGCAGACGUCUUAAAGACUGGUAUUAUUCUUGCCGACUUGCCAGGUCUACAUGAUACAAAUCUAGCAAGAGUAAAAGCAACGCAGGACUAUCUUUUAAGAUGCAACUAUAUCUUCAUCGUUGCAAAGAUCUCUCGAGCAAUCACAGAUCAGUCAUUGAAAUCAUCCCUCUAUUCUAUCUUAUCUCGGCAUGCUGAGUUGGAAUGGGAGGAGUCCGCUGGGAAAAGCAUGAAAGUUGCUGUUGUCUGCACUAAGUCAGAGGAUAUUAAUGUGAAGGCGGCACGACAAGAGUUUUGUGGCCCAAACAAGAGCAUACCACAAGGAGUGAUGACGAAACUUGAUGAAGAUAUCAAGGAAGCAAAAGCGCAGCGCAAUAAAGCCCUUAAGAAACACUUAAAGCGAAAGCAACAAUUGCUUCUUAUUAGCGCUCGCAAUACGCACGUUAAAGAAGGUCUACAGCGGGCCUAUUCCUCAAAGGUCCCGAAUGGAGGGCUAGAGGUAUUUUGCGUCUCUAACACAACAUACGGGAAGUAUACAAUAAAGGGUAAUGUUGAAAUGGUUCAAGCUAGUGGUAUACCAGAGCUUCGACGAUUCUGCUACACCAUGACCGCCCAUGCGCAGUUACUUGAAGCAAGGCAUUUCCUUUCUUCAAUGUUGUCGAGUCUUCUAAAUUCAGCUGAGCUUUUAGCGACUAAACCUACAGAAUCUCAACAACCCACAGAGACUGGGUUAGACGAAUCUAUGCUUCUCGCCGUUAAUAAUGGAAAAACGGAGACAUUGAGGGCAGUCUCUCAGUCCAAAAGCGAAUUCCAGGACACCUUUCGGGAGCUGGUUCUUAUGCUUCUAGACAAGCAAAGCGAGGUUUGGGAAACUGUGGCGAAACAAAAUAGUGCAAGUUGGAACAAUUGGCAUUGGACUCAGUAUAAUGCCUGGUGCAGACACGAUGGUUACCACUACACGGAAAAGCGGGGGAAAGUCAAUUGGAACGCUGAACUCAUCUGGAAAAUGAGGAUGGAGAUGGCAUUCCAAUGGGAGACAUUAGAAGAAGACAUUCCAACGCUGUUUAAAGAUUUGUUACAGUCCGCUAAAGCACCGCUACUGGCCUUGCAGUCAGAGAUGAGAGAAAAAUGCUUCAGCCCUUUGCUCGUUGAAGGAAUUGACUUCAGAAUUCAAAGUUUGACAUAUAGAUGCAGUCUAGCAGAGCAGAAUUUUGCAAAGGAAGUCAAGAUUACUCGCAGUAAAGCAUCAGAGCCGAAUGAAUCCUCCUAUAUUUUCGCAGAGAUGGUUCCAGCUUACCGAUCAGCAGCCAAUGAAUAUGGCACCGGCAAAGCAGCUCGUCAACGAAAUACCGUGCAAGGACGAAUCACGAACGGCACCUUAUUUCCCAACAUCUCGACGGCGAUAAAGCGGGAAAUUGAAACCGCGGCCAAGACAACUUUCGAUAGCGUACUGAAAUCAUUAGAGUCAGACUUUGCUUUAAUUGAGAACGAUGUUACGAUGGCGUUGGCUUCUGCGCCGCAGCAGUCUGGCGACAGAGAGGACGUGGCCUGCGAAGAGGAGGAAAGACGGAGAGGAGAGUUGGCUGGUGCAGUAAGGGGCCUCAAGAGACAGCACGCCGAAGUACUUGCGAGCAUUGCAGAUAUAUGAACGCGAGAGCAAAUAGCUAGAUAGCAUUUAUAUCACGAUUAUUUUAUUUUAUUAUAU